AUGCUAAAAUUACUAAUCGCUACAGUCGGACUUUUGUUAAUUGUUGUGGCAGAAGCUCAAUUUGGACCGGGUGGUCCAAAUCGAUUCGGUCCACCGCCAACGCAAGUUGGUCCUUUCGGUUUCAAUGGUCGGCCGGAAUUUUUUAGACCACCAGGUUUUCCACGACCGCCAGCAUUUUCUAGGCCUCCAGAACCAGGACCACGACCAUUCCCGUUCCCGUUCCCAUUCCCACGACCACAGCCUCAACCUCAACCAACACCACAACCUCAACCAACACCACAACCUCAACCAACACCACAACCACAGCCAACAUUGACCAACUUGACACUUUGCACUUAUACGCAGUUGGCAUAUGACAAAUGUCUUUACGCUGUGCAAGCGGCCGCCAACAGCUCCAUUGAUUUGAAGUUGCAAUGCGUACAAGCUGACUCCUACGAUGCCUGUCUAAGUGCGGUUCAAUCGGGUACAGCUCAUUUGGUGGUCGCCGACGAUCAUCAAUAUCAGGCGGCACGUGCGGCCAAUCUUACCCCUGUGUUGUUCGCGCACGAGCUUUUGAGUGAUUACUAUGUAGCCGUGGCACCUAGAAAUAUCACGCUCCUGGAACUGGAUGAGGCGACCAUAGAGGUGGAUUCGUCGGAUUAUGAAGCAUUCCAUGCGGCUGCCUACUUCAAUCUCCAGCGUGGUCACGAUAUCUGCCGUCAAUAUGCUGCGGCAAAUGAUGCCAUAAAGAUCGUUAAUACUGCAAACUACAACGCCACCGAAGAUGAGAUUUUGAUUUGUGCGAAUCGUACAGUGGCCGAAUGGGAUGAUUACAGCACGUGCAAUAUGGACGCGGACUUGGAAUAUGCACUGUUUGCUGCGACUUCUACGGCUGAUGAUGCCGGCUUUAGAUGUCUCGUUCAGAAGACUUUCGACACUUUGAUAGGGCAAUUGGGUCCGGAAAAUGAAGAAUUCAAUUUCUUUGCGGAUUUCAGAAAUACUUCUGAUGUUAUUUUCAAGAGCAACACAAUAAGCUUCUCUCAACAACCAAUUAUUCGAAAUGGCGUUACUGAGGAGGUGUUCAAUCAUUUACAUUGUUACACCGAUGAUCAGGUGCAUGAUUCCAGUCAACUUGAAUGAAUUAACUGAAGUAUUUAAAUAAAUAAAAAUAUAAAAAUAUUUAAAUAAAUAUACAUGUAUACAUACAGAAGCACACAUGAA